AUGUCGGCCAAGAGGGCAGAACAGAAGAAAACCAACCCGAAAAAGAACUACAGGGCAGUUUGCUUGGAACUGAAGCCAGAGCUGACACAGAUAUAUGAUUACAAAGGAUUUAAACAAGAAGAGCCAGUCAUCAAAAAAGGGAUGACACAGGAGCUGAAGAAUGAACUCAGGGAGAUGAGAGAAGAACUCAAGGAAAAAAUGGAAGAGAUAAAACAGAUAAAGGAUAUAAUGGACAAAGAUUUCGAUAAGCUUCAUGAAUUUGUGGAAAUUAUGAAGGAAAUGCAGAAGGAUAUGGAUGAAAAGAUGGAUGUUUUAAUAAAUACACAGAAGAACAACAAGCCUCCCCUUCAAAAACAACCAAAGGAGCAUCAGGAACUCGGGCAGAUAGGAAAGACGGACAAGGAUUCCCAGCUCAGACUCAAGAAAAUAGAAGAACCCGAUGGAGCAUUAUUGACUAGUGACAAGACGAUGGUGUCACAAAAAACAAAGGAUAAUCCCCUGGAUUCCCUUCAUUCAUGUCAGAGUUGCUACGAGACCUUCACACCAUGCCUGGGCGCCCUUUUCACCUUUGUCAUCUGGAGCUGCUUUCUGAUUUAUCUGUACUUCAACCCCGAUGAGAAAGAGUAUGUGCUGCCAACCUAG